AUGCCUUCUACGGCCCAACACAGCGACCAGGGACCUGAUAACAAAGACGAUGUCGUUGAACAGUUCGACAAUGUGGACAACCCAGAGGAAAAGAACUUGUGCUACGAAGAGAAUGAAGAGCCGGCGCUACAUGCGCGGACUUAUUUCGCCUUGGCUGCCAUGUUUUUCUUGAACCUCGUCCAGGUGUUUGGGCUUCUAGGUCCCCCAGCUGCGCUGCCCUAUAUCGAGAAGGACCUCAACAAUACUAUCGCAGGCUCAUGGGUUCCCAACUCCUUAUCACUAGUUCAAGCCGUGCUCUCUCCUCUCCUCUCGUCUCUCUCAGACACAUUCCAGGCCAGGAAGGCAUUUCUGGUCGGCCCAGCUAUUAUCUCUUUUAUUGGCAGUGCAAUUGCACCCGGAUCAACUAAUAUAUAUCGGCUCAUUGCGGCACAGGUGCUGAUUGGAUUCGGGUUUGCGACCGUUCCACUGGCAUACUGCGUACCAAGUGAUAUUUUACCCAGACGAUGGAGGGCCAUGGCCCAAGCGUGCAUCAACAUUGCUGGAUCAGUGGGUGCCUGCGCAGGGCCCCUGAUCAUCGGUUCGCUGACCAGAGCGAACCCUCACACCGGGUGGAGAAAUUAUUAUUGGAUCCAAAUGGCCCUUUGGGGAGUGACAGCGAUCGGACUUUUUGUGGGCUACCGACCCCCGAAGAGGCAUACUCGAUUAGAUCAUCUGUCGUUCUGGCAGAAGCUGGGCCGGGUGGACCUUUUAGGAUUUUUCCUUCUCACUGCUGGGUUGACCAUUUUUCUGACCGGACUCAACCUUGGAGGCGGUCUAUACACAUGGUCCAGUGGGCCAGUUUUGGCCACUUUGAUCGUAGGUAUACUAACUCUGGUCGCCUUCGGAAUCUACGAGUGGAAGUUCACCAGAACCGGAAUUCUACACCACGAUCUCUUCCACGGGGGCAAAGUCGGAAAUAGUGCAGGCCAUACUUUUGCUAUCUGCAUUGUGCUCAUAUUCAUUGAGGCGAUUAUGCUGUUUCCCUUCGUGAUAUUCUACCCGGUCUUAACGACGAUAUUAUUCGAAACAGAUCCAUUCCUAAUGGCAGUCCGGCAACUACCCUACUGGAUCGCUGCAGCAAUGAGCACGGUGAUCUAUGGCUAUUACAGUGUUAAGUUCAAGACCAUUCGUGCGCCCAUGCUGGUUGGUUUUAUUAUUUUUACUUCCGGGCUUGUUGGCAUGUCUACUAUUCAACCCGACAAUAACUCUUCCGCCAUUGUCUUCCUUGCUUUGUCCGGACUCGGCUUUGGUGCGCCUUUGAUUUUGGUCAUUGCAGGAGUUCAGCUCUCAACGCCACACCAUCUAAUCGCAACCGCAACCGCAGCGACGGCUUGCUCUCGCGCCAUAGCUGCUUCUGUCUUCACCGCUAUCUACUAUGCCGCAUCAAACGCACGCCUUGAGAAUUACAUCCCUCAGUACAUUUCCAAGGCAGCUUUGCAGGCGGGACUCCCACAAUCUUCCGUUAAUGCUUUCGUGGAAGCGCUGUCAUCGAACGAUGAUGCAUCUCUGAAAAAUAUAUCCGGUAUCACUUCCGAGAUUAUCAGUUCUGGAGUCAGUGCCCUGAGACAAGCCUAUGCUGAUGGACUGCGGGUUGUUUUUAUCAUCGCCGUACCCUUUGGUGUCAUUGCCUGCGUUGCCAGUCUGUACUUGGGGGAUUUAAAGAAGGCCAUGAACUAUGGAGUGGACGCACCAAUCGAGAAUCUGCAUGCUAAGCGUCGCGCCCAAACCUGA